CUGAGGCGGGUGGGAUCCAAAGCCAAGCGCGGGCUGAGGGAGGAGGGCGGCAACUGGAAAGCGGCGAGCGACGCGGGACGCAGAGCCUUUUUCACUUUUUCCUUCCCGAGUGCCCCCUCCUAACCCUCCCACUACACACACACACCCUGUUUGCCCGUGAGCCUGGGGAACUUGCAGCUUAAAGCCAGCCACCCCCACGGCAACAUGUACCCCAGCAACAAGAAGAAAAAGGUGUGGAGAGAGGAGAAAGAACGUUUACUGAAGAUGACCUUAGAGGAGAGACGCAAAGAAUACAUAAGGGACUAUGUUCCUCUCAACACCAUUCCAUCCUGGAGGGAGGAGAUGAAGGGCAAGAACCAAAAUGAUGAAGAAAAUACUCAGGAAACAUUACAGAUGAAGAAAAGUUUGAGUGAAAAAGUUUCUCUGUAUAGAGGUGACAUCACAUUGCUAGAGAUAGAUGCUAUAGUCAAUGCGGCAAAUGCCAGUCUUCUUGGAGGAGGUGGUGUGGAUGGCUGCAUUCAUAGAGCRGCUGGCCCCUGUUUGCUUGCUGAAUGUCGUAACCUGAAUGGCUGUGAGACUGGACAUGCAAAAAUCACAUGUGGCUAUGAUCUGCCUGCAAAAUAUGUCAUCCAUACCGUAGGGCCAAUAGCCAGAGGUCAUAUUAAUGGUUCCCACAAGGAAGACCUUGCAAAUUGCUAUAAAUCAUCUCUGAAGCUGGUGAAAGAAAAUAACCUCCGAUCAGUUGCAUUUCCCUGCAUCUCCACAGGCAUUUAUGGUUUUCCAAAUGAACCUGCUGCGCUCAUUGCCCUUGGCACGAUUAAGGAAUGGCUGACAAAAAAUCACCACGAGGUGGAUCGGAUCAUCUUCUGCGUCUUCCUAGAAGUUGAUUUCAAAAUCUACAAAAAGAAAAUGAGCGAGUUUUUCCCUGUAGAUGAUACCAAUGAGGAAGAGGAUGUUGACAUGAAAGAAGAUUCAGAGGGGGUAGAGCCAAAAGGUCUCUCUCCACCCCACAAGAAGAGCAAAGCAAAGAAGCUAGAAGGUUCAAAAGACUCUAGUGAAGAUGAGAAUGGUCCAGAAGAAAAACAAAGUGUGGAAGAAAUGGAAGGGCAGAGCCAAGAAGCAGGUGGGCUCAGAUUUCUUUUGAGGAGUCUCCUAGGCCUCAUCCACAGAGAUGGUGUGAGCAAUACCACUGUGCCCAGCCCAGCUUCAGAAGAGACAGUUGAAGUCUGUAAAGAUGAAGAUUCUUCAAAGGAUGACAAUAUUAUAAAAGACAAUGAAGUAACAGAUCAUUCUGUGUGUGACCAAGAUCAUCCCAAUGGAGAAGAGAACGAUUCAACAAAGAAUGAAACGAAAAUUGAGACAGAGUCCCAGAGCUCAUAUAUGGAAACCGAAGAGCUUUCAUCAAACCCAGAAGAUACCACGAUUGUGGAGCAGCCAGAAGUGAUUCCACUGACAGAUGACCAAGAAGAAAAGGAAGGUGGAAAAGUUCAAGGCGCGGACACACCUACAGAGUCUGUGAAAAGUCAAGGCUCCAGUGACUCAGAAAACACUACAGGUCCUGAUGUUGAAAUGAACAGUCAGGUUGACAAUGUAAAUGACCCAACAGAGAGUCAGCAAGAAGAUUACCAAUAG